AUGGGCCGACACAGCAGAAGUUCGCUGCGGCGGUCAUCAACGCCAAAUUUAAAGCUCUCGCCGGCUCAUGUGUCGGCGCUACAGACCGCCGACCCAGCUUCACCGCCCGACACGCCCAUCACCUCACCACAUUUCGCCCGCAAGAGUGCCCAGGAGGCAUUUUAUCUAUUCACGAAUCCCCUAGCUCAAGAUCCAAACAUCAGGCCAUAUGGCAGUGGCCAUCAGUUCAGCUAUCGCCCACUAGAGCAAUUGAGUCCCCGAUCGUCGUCGUCGUCAGAAGCUGAUGACGAGGACGUGAGCGAUAAUGAAUCCUCCGAAAGCGCUAGCGUUGUCAGCCUGCCAAACUCUUCGCGACGAUCACCACGAAUCUCGACGGGAAAGAGUGAUUUUGAAUCGCACGAAUUAGACGCUUGUGCAGAUGCAGAUGCAGAUGACGAGCCAGAUCUGGACUCAGCCAGCUCUGGCUCUGAAUCUGAAUCUGAAGCGGAGCCGGACAAGCCUAAGCGAACGGGAUCCGCGCACGGUCCCGCAACAAGCACCCAUGACAACUGUGGCUUUACGAUUGAGGACAUCGAUCCGAUGGACAGCGAGUGCGAUGGCCUGGAUGUCCUCUAUCCCAUCGAAAUCGAGUCCGACACCGAGUCUACCAGGAGUAGAUCCACGUCACGGCAUAAGGACCUGGAUAAGGAUAUGAUGCAAGACCUCGAGAACCUCAACUGCAGCAACGAAGCAUCCGAUAAUGAGGCAGAGCCUGAAGAAGAGGAUGAUGCAGAGUCGGAGUUCAUGAGGAGGCAGCAGGAGCUAAAGCGCAUUCGAAGAGUCAGCAUGUCGAGCAGCUUCGGCAAGAGGACUCACAGCGAGCUAAGCGACUCAGAUGACAACGACUGUGCUCUCGACGUCAACGAAGCUGGUUCCAGUGCUCGCCGCUUCCGCAAAAGAGUCCACCGCGGUAGCUUGCUCUUCCAGGACCCUCCCGCGCCGCGAAUUGAGGAGCUGGAGGAGCCCAACUCGAGUGAGGAUGAAUAUGUCAAAGAGAUUCGUAUCGCACGGAACCUACCAUACCCUUCAGUGGAGGUGAUGGACACGGACUCGAGCUAA